AUGAGCAGUUUCAAGCCAUUCAUUCCUCGUUUUUCUGCCUUGAUUCGCAAGAAACCGUUUCCUAUGCCCCCUCCCGAGUCGCCUCUACCACCCGGAGUACUCAUUGGUGAAGAGAUCUCGCCAGUAUACAACUCCAAGUACUUCUACAUGUACUUCUAUCCCGCCAGGCCUGGAGAGACACUCGCCAAUCAUUACCAAAUUCUGGUCAAGGUUGGUUGGGGUGUGUCUUCAACCGUAUGGCUCGCGCGUGAUUUGCAAGGACAUAUCGAAGAUCCAGAGCGCGUUCUGGCCCUGAAAAUUCUCAAUAGCAAUGCAAGUUCCGCUAGUCAUGAGCGUGAAGUUGAAGAGCAUAUUUCUACGGCAGACCCAUCACAUCGCGGUCGCUCGUUUAUUCGAACAUUACUAGACUCUUUCGAAAUCAAGGGCUCGGAAGGGUUUCAUCCAUGUCUGGUGUAUCCACCUAUGAGGGAGCCAUUAUCAAUGUACCAGCGGCGUGUUAACGACAGAAAGAUGCCACUUCCCCUCAUUAAAACAUACAUUCGUGCUCUCUUCCUAUGGGGCUUGAUUAUCUGCAUAAAGUAUGCAAGACAGUUCAUCCUCGUCUUUUAA